CCGUAUCGUUUUUGGCUUCUCUAUUUGCUGAGUCGACAUUUUUCUCACUCACUCUCCCUCUCUUUCUUCCUCUCUCUCUCUCUCUCUCCUUUUUGUAGGAAGUGGUUUGAGUUUACUUAAUAAGGAAGAAGAAGGAAAAGAGCGAGCGAUUGACAUGACUGCCCAAUUAACCAGAAUUGGCUGCACUGUCAAGGCAGAAGUGUCACUCACAGCUGCCUCUGGUUACGAUGGCAUCAUCUUGGUUGCGGAAUCCCUUGAGAAGCUGACUGGGCGAUUUCAGAACCUUUAUACUCCUUUGAAAGCUCAGGAAGAAAUUGAUGCAUCAGUUGCUAAAGAUGGUGCAUGUGUGAAAAUAAGCAGCCAUGGAGGCCGUCUUGUUUAUGCCCCAACCGGACAGCUGAACAGAGAUUAUGAUGACGUACGCCGAUUUGCAGAUGCAGCCGCUGCGGGCAUUAAAAGAGCAAUCAAGGCAGGAAUUAAACGGCCACUGCUUGUACACGUUCCUGAUCAGAGCUAUCAACAUGCUGACCUUGUAACGCUCCUGGGGGCACUUCAUGCAUUAUAUGUCCCUCUUGAAAUUAGAGAAGAUGUUCCUACAAAAGCAACAAAACUAAGCACACUCGGCUUCUUGGGGAGUGAGAAAGUCAUAGAGCUCGCUCUUGCUCUAGAGAGUGGCAGAGCUGUUGCUCGCGAUGUUGGCGGCUCGGAUCCUGAACGCAUGGCACCUCCCAAGGUUGAAGAGUAUAUAAGGGCUACUUUCCAAGAAUCUAAAGUCAAAGUGGAUGUUGUUUCUGAUGAUGGAAAGUUGUGUAAAGAUUAUCCACUAUUUUCAGCUGUGAACCGUUGUGCCAAAGGUGUUGAUCGUCAUAAGGGACGUGUGAUUUACCUUACCUAUGAAGGUGAAGGUCCGAUUGAGAAGACUCUGAUGCUGGUUGGUAAGGGAGUCACUUACGACACGGGUGGCGCCGACAUUAAAGCCGGAGGAGUCAUGGCUGGGAUGCACAGGGAUAAGUGUGGAUCAGCUGCUGUUGCAGGAUUCAUGGAAAUUGUUAACAAGUUGCAGCCAAAGAAUUUAAAGGUGAUAGGUAGUAUGGCAAUGGUGAGAAACAGUGUUGGGUCAGAAUGCUACGUAGCAGAUGAAAUCAUAACUUCCCGUGCAGGUGUCAGAGUCCGAGUAGGAAACACAGAUGCUGAGGGACGAAUGGCUAUGGCAGAUGUUUUGUGUCAUAUGAAAGAAAUGGCUGCCAAGGAAAUUGAUCCUCAUUUGAUGACCAUUGCCACACUUACUGGGCAUUGUGUACUAGCAUAUGGUGAAGGGUACUCUGCUAUCAUGGAUAAUGGACCAGCUCGCUUAGCUGGUGUGGCUCAAACUCUGCAGCGGGCUGGCGAAGAAAUAGCGGAUCCAUUUGAGAUAUCAUCCAUUCGCCGCGAAGAUUUUGAAUUCCAUGCUGGGAAGAGCGAGUAUGAGGAUGUACUUCAGUGUAACAACGCACCGUCAUCUAGAACUCCUCGUGGCCACCAGACCCCUUCUGCUUUCCUUAUUCUUUCUUCAGGUCUUGAUAAGCAUGGAAAGGACAGCACUUCACCCUUCAAGUACUCUCACUUGGAUAUCGCUGGGUCCUCUGGACCAUUCCCCGGAGUUCCCUCAGGUGCUCCAAUUCUUGCAAUGGCCAAAGCAUUUAUCCCAGGUGCCUUUUAAUAACUGAAGUUUCAUUUAAAGUAAUGUAUGUACUUAAUGUUUUGAUUACUUGAUGAUGCCAUUUCUGUAAUUCAGAAUUCAAGAUGUGUAACUUUCAUAAGAUUUGAGUUGAUAAGGUACAUGUACUUAUUCAGGAAAGUAGUGUACAUAGUACUGUUAAUUAUAACUCGGUUGUAUUUUAUUUUCACUUAAUAGUGAAAGGCCUAUAAAACUUACAGUGACUGUGAUAUUUUCAGACCUCUGUAAUUCAAAACACAUUAGUUUGGUGGGCUAGGUCAUCACAAAGUAUUUUUGUAAUUAUUUACUGUAUUAAUAUGAAGAUCGUAAGUAACAUGAAAUAAAAGUUUGACAGUUGUC